UCAAUUUUAUCUUUAAAUAUCUAGAAACUUCUGUUCAAUUAUUAUCUUUCAGCAAACUCACUAAUACUAUUUUACUCUAUAAAUUCUUCAAACCGUUCACUCUAUGAUUUAAGACUUUUAUAUGCUAUUUUGAUUGAAAAUGAAUAAUAUGUUCUUUGUGAAAGAAGAAUACAUGGAGCCAUUUUCAUCAUCACUUCAAUUUGGAUGUGAAAAACAAGCAUUGAUUCUACCACCCCAACCAAUUGAAGGACUUCAUGAAACUAGACCCCAACCAUUCCUCACCAAAACAUUUGAGGUAGUGAAUGAUCAUAGUACCAAUCAUGUAGUUUCAUGGAGCAGAGGUGGCACUAGCUUUGUGAUUUGGGAUCUACAUGCUUUCUCCAAUGAUCUCCUUCCCAGAUACUUCAAACAUAAUAACUUCUCGAGCUUUGUCAGACAACUUAACACUUACGGUUUUAGGAAAAUAGAUCCACAUAAAUGGGAGUUUACAAAUGAAGGAUUCCUAAGAGGGCACAAACAUUUGUUGAGGAACAUAAGGAGAAAGAAGGGACCUUCUCAGCCUGUUGACUGUUUUGGACUUGAUGCGGAAAUUGAUCGUUUAAGGCAAGAGAAACAGGUUUUGAUGAAGGAGCUUGUGAGUCUUAGACAGAAGCAAUAUAAGGCCACACUGUACCUUCUAGAGAUGGAGCAAAGGUUACAAGGAGUAGAAGUCUAUCAGAAACAAAUGAUGUCGUUCUUAGAUGGAGCUAUGAAAAACCCUGCAAUAAUUCACAAACUACUCCACCAAAAAGAGAAGAAAAAAGAAACCAUGGCCAAAAAGAGAAGGCUAAUUGGAGGUGAAGAAAGACACAGCAGUGUUAAAGUUGAGCCUUUAGAAUUAGGUGAUUAUGAAUUUUCUGUGUCCGAGUUGGAAUUGCUAGCUACGGAAAUGCAGGUUUUUGGAAGGGGGGAAAUGGACAAGGACAAUAAACCCGAGGAGGGACUAGAAUUACAAGAGAGGAUGGAGAGGCUACUUGAUGAUGAAGGGUUCUGGGAAGAACUAAUGUUUAAUGUGGCAUUUGAGGGUAGAUUUGACAUUCCAACUGCUGAAGAUAAUGAUGAGAAUGAAGAUGAUUCAAGUGAACUACUGAAUCGAGAAUUUAAGAUUAACUCUUUUCCUUAAAUUCACUAGUUUCAAUGCUUCCAAAGUCAAUGUUUUACUCCGAAGGAAGCAACAGUCGUUGGAGCGGAGUUAUCCUAAUUAGCGAGCAACGCCGUAAAAUUACAUGCAGAAGAAAAUAAUUUACUUCUUGGAGUUUCUAAUUCUAAUUCUAUAAUAUGUUCAUUUGUAGCACUUGUUUAAAUCCAAAUUCUCUCACUUUUCUCUGUUUGAUUAGGUAGGUUGCUGCUAGUGCCGGGACAAGAUUCUUUGACAGCGAAAAUUGUCACUAGUUAUGCCACGGGCUCGAGGUUCAAGUUUUUACCACCAGGCAGCUAUAUGUGCGUAUGCCUGUUGUAAUUUGUUUAUUACCUUAAAACGAAUGUAGAUUAUUAAGAAGAUAUAGAAUGGACAAGAAGUAGCUGAUCUCCAACAAGCAUAACUGAAUGAACAUUACAAUAUAUCUCAGCAAGACUAUGACAGCUCCUGUUUAUCACAUCUAUGAAGGAGGAAGAUUUUUAGGGGCAUCUAAGAAUUUUUUGCUAGCAUGUAAUGGAAUUGAAGAAGAAUCUCUUGUGCAGGAGCUUUAGCACUUAAGCAAAUUGAUUGCAAAAUGUGAUUUAUAUUAUAUAAUACUCAAACUUGGUUGCUUGUAAUAUGACAUUGUAUAGCUGAUUGUGAUCUCGCGGACCAUGUCUUCUAUCCCAUCAUCAAUCUACACCAACUUUUUUCAUUCUGGACUCACUUAACAUGUAUAAUUUCACACAUUGCCAAGUCCAUGUUGUAUCGCACAACAAAUUCCUUAAGAUGACCCCUUACUGUAUCAA